UGACAAAGGCAUCCCGAAAGUCCCGGGGUCGGAAAAAGCCGAAAAAUUAACAUCCCUAACAUACAUAUGUAUAUACAUAUGUACAAAAGGGAGUCGUUUUCAAUGUCAGCCUAUCUUGGAUCAAGGUCAACGUACAAAUAUUAUGAAGAAAUACUAUGGUUAAGUGCUAUAAAGUUGAAGAUAAUAGAAUUUUGAAGUACCAGGAACUAAGACUUGAGUGUAAAUAAGCUGAAGAUACAGUUGAAAAACGAAAUACAUAUAUCGAAAUUAGUCGUGUGUUUGUACUUUUCCGUAAAGAACUAUCCGGUAACUUACCAGCAACAAAAUUUUUGAGAAUAAGCCAGCAUUUGCUUCCAAUGAGAAAAGCAUGCAAGAAAGUACAAAAACGGAAAACCAGCAAGAACUUGCAAAUUUUAUGAACAGCUGAUAAUUUUAUAAUUUUUCGAAGCAAUUUUCAAAGAAGCAUAGUAUUUAUUAUCUUAUUAUACAUUUAAAUAAGUUAAUUUUGUCAGUUGCAAGUGUAAAGUCCCCACAAACAAUUGUUUAGUUAGUGUAAAUUACACUAAGCAGCAUGCCACCAGCUGUUUUUCUUACUGAUCUCUCAGCUAGAAAAUCGUACGCUGGGUAUAAAAUCUUCAGUUCAUAACAACACUAAAGACCGCUCAUGACGGCAAUCCGGCAAUGCCGCUAACGAAGGCCUCCACUCUUAAUGUGCGACCCUUUACACGCGAAUAAUGCUCAUUCUUCUAUUAGAAUUUGUUUUGACGCAUAGACGACAACAUUGGAAAAAAUACGACUUUUGGUGAUAAUGGCAAUUCGCAGAUAUGUGGGUGAUGUGCGCAUGAUUUCUCUCAAAAUUUUAAAGUCAGUGUGCCCCACGGCAAAAGAAAAACAAGGCAAUAUGAAAACUAACCAAUUAGUAAUCUUACGGCACGGUGAGAGCGAAUGGAAUAAGUUGAAUCUCUUCUGCGGGUGGCAUGAUGCUGAUUUAAGUGAGCAAGGUGCCAAAGAUGCUGUAAAUAUUUCAGCGACAGCAUUGCGUGAAAGCAAUUUAAAAUUCGAUAUUGCAUACUCAUCGGCAUUAUCACGCGCUAGACAAUCAUUGAGUAUUAUAUUGAAAGAAUUGAAUCUCUGCGAUUUGGAAGUUGUAAGCGAUUGGCAUUUGAACGAGCGACACUAUGGAAAUUUAACGGGUUUCAAUAAGCGGGACAUGGCCGAUAAAUAUGGCGAGGAACAAGUGCAGCUCUGGCGCCGCAAAUACGACGUUCUCCCACCACCAAUUACGCCGGACAAUCCCUAUUAUAGCUGCAUACGCAAUAACCCCAAUUUCAAAAAUAUACCGGAGGCGGAAUUCCCAGACACUGAGUCGCUCAAAGUGCUAAUGCAACGCGUCAUACCAUACUUUGACAAUGUCAUAUUCAAACAAGUAUUGGCUGGCAAGCGAGUUCUUAUCGUUGCACAUGGCACAGUGGCGCGUGCCUUAAUCAAGCACAUCGAUA